AUGAGUCGGAAUAUUGCAGUCCUUUAUUUGAUGUCCGAAACUUUGACAGCGGAAGCAUCUUUUGAAUACAUCAGAUUUAGAUACAAUGAUAGGAAUUACGGUAAUAAUAAUUCGAGAUACCACGAUAAUUAUAACAACUAUAACUACAAUAACUAUCGCUAUAACAAUAAUAAUCAAUCUAAUUAUGGUAGAAAUAAUACAUGGCAUGAUAAUAAUCAAAGAAAACAGAUCCAAUACGGUGAUGGAAAUCGUAACAAUUACCAAUCCUAUUACAACAAUUCAAAUAAUUAUAGAGGUAGUGACAAUAAUCAGAGAAAACAAAUACAAUACAACAAUAACUCAAAUAAUUAUAAAGGUAGCGACAACAAUAAUAGAAAGCAAAUACAAUACAACAAUGAUUAUAAUAUGAAUAUUGAAGAAAUUAUUGAAGAGAAAGUUGACUCUACAAAGAACAAAGAUGAUAAUGAUUUCAAUGUUAACAACUUAUCUGGUGACAUGCUCAAUGACAAAGAUAACGCAUUUAUGAUACUUUAA